AUGUCAACUAACCCUUCUACUUCAAAAUUCCUCCUCAUCCUUACAUGGAACUCAAACGGACUAACCAAACACAAAAAUGAAUUACUAGCUACACUACAAAAUAAUAGAAUCGACAUCGCACUUAUUUCAGAAACCCACUUCACCAAUUCUUCACGUUUUAAUCUUCCUGGCUUUCAAAUCUUCAGAACAAAUCACCCAGAUGACAUAGCCCACGCUGGAGCUGCAAUUAUAAUUAUAUCCUCCCUAUUAUUCUACCCUCUACCACCAUAUAAAACAGAUCAUAUCCAAGCUGCAGGCAUAUCUUUAACAUUAAACAACAUACCUAUAAACAUCUAUGCAGUAUACUGUCCUCCACGCCAUACCAUAACCCUAAACCAAUUUAAUAACUUCUUUCUCUCACUAGGGCAGAAAUUUAUCAUUGGUGGUGAGUUAAAUGCAAAAAACACACACUUGGGCUGCCGAGUGAACAACCCACGUGGGAAUGUCAUUAAACAACUAUCACAAUACAAAAAUUGUAAAAAACAUGCACCAACAUCUCCAACCUAUUGGUCCACCUCCUCCAGGAAAAGACCAGACAUUCUUGACUUAAUCAUUUCUAAAAUCCCAAACAGCUUACACGCCUUUGGCUACUAACCUAAACGACCUCUGCUCUGUUAUAAGUAUAUGUAAAUGUAUAUCACAAAUGUAUUUUUUGAAAUACUUGUAUGCUAUUACAAUAGAAUUAAGAGUCAAACUACUCUACGAAUACGGCGUAACCAUCCAGGACGGUUGCGACGGAUAUACUGCCUGGGAUCUAAUAAUAUUAUCUAUACAUUUUAUAGUUCAAUAGUUAUCUGAGAUUACUUAUCUUAAUCACUUUAUUCCUAUUAACUUUCGAUUUAUUAAUAUAUAAAUAUAUAGCGAAUGCAUAACGAUAAUGAUUGAACGCAUUUAUUUUUUUAUAUCACAAUUUAUGGAAAAACCGCGGCACACUUAGUGGAUACUUGGUUUGAAAACCACUGUACUAACCACUUACAGUACUUUUCACGAAACUUGUGACUCCCGCAGUGACGCUUCUGGUGGCAGAUUUUCGUGAGGGUUUCCUAAACGUGUGAUUAAAAAAGCGCGGUAAUUUAAAAAUGACGCGGCAAUCAACAAUCGAACAGCUGACCCUGUUGGUAUGAAUUUUACCUUCCACUGCAAAACAUUUUAUAACCACCAUAUAGGUACCAUAGAUACUCAAAAAUAUAUGAAGUUUAUGAAAUUGCUUUGCAAAUGGGGCAUUAAGUCAUACGGCUACCCCCAUUUCAUUGUCCGUACAACCCUAUAGAAUUAAUAUGGGCCCAAGUUAAAGGUGAAAUUGCAAAUAAAAAUAACAGUUUUAAAAUCACAGAUGUUGAAAACUUGGCAAAUAUUGCCAUAGAAUCCGUUACUGUACACAACUGGAAACGUAAUGUUGAUCAUUGCGAACGUCUUCAAGAUGAAGACUUUAUUAAAGAAGGAUUCAGGGACCAGAUUUUAGAGCCAAUAGUCUUGAUAUUAUGA